UGGAUCAACACUCCUACAUGACAAAGCGGACAUGGAGUGAGCGCGCCGCUGGAAAAUAGAAACAGACGAACGUUUUGGGAGGAAAGAUAGCCAAUCUAGUUCUAUCUUUUUACAUUGACCUUGGGUUGUUGUAAACAAUUACAACGUUUGUUCAUGUAUAGUUGCUGAAACAUCUAUAUUUUUUACUCAAAGUUAACUUUACGCGUAUUUUUCCUUCUGCGAACACAAAUAGAUAUAGCCUAUUUAUCCAUAGAGCAUCAUCGCAGAAGCUUGAUAGUGCUGAAGUGAGAACACCAGCGGAUGUGAGGAGAUAGUGUUUUUAUAGACUCAACCCCCUUUUCUUUCAAUCAUUCUCUUUCUUUUUGUUUGGUCCAACAAUAGAGAGAGAGAGAGAAAUAGGGAGAGAGAGAGAGAGUCACAGGCAUUGGACCUGCUUUUAUGCCGUCAGUCUUGCGGACCCUGAGAUGGACGUGAGAUUUUAUCCAGCACCCCCUUCAAGCGUGGGCUCAUGUACAUUACCAACUGAUUCAAGUUGCCUGACCUCUUUGGACUAUUAUCACUGCAACAAGAGCAGAUACGGUGCAUCAGACGACCGCGGCGUUAGACUUUAUAGCUCCCUGCCCAUGCGCCCCAACCCCAACGGGAAGAGACUGCCCUCUGCUGGGUUUGAUGGUGACAACAUGUACAUGAAUGAAAAUAACCAGGAGUUUCUCUCCCCAAAUCAGAGCUAUUCCGGACAGGGAGGAGGAGGAGGCGGUGGGAACGGUGCGGGGGACGAGGACUACGAGAUCCCCCCCAUCACCCCUCCUAACCACGCCGAGCCCUCCCUUCUCCACCUGAUGGACCCAGAGUCGGGCUACCUGUGCCACUCCCUAGGGGCCCACCACAACGGCCUGCUCAACCCCUACUCUUACCAGGAGCUGCCCGCCCUCAUGAUGUCCAAUAUGCUGGCCCAAGACGGCCACCUGCCCUCCAGCCAAAUGCCCUCGAUCCAGGAGAUGACUCGCCACGACGGCUCACAUUAUGACCUCAGCCGUCACAACCCCCAUCUGAUAAACAUGUCACCUAGGAUACUGUCCCAUCAGCCCAUGAGUGCACUGUCUCAACUGAACUCUCAGGUUGGCCGGAGCGCUCUUACCCAUGGUUCUCCCUCACCUCCUGGAAGUAAAUCAGCCACACCCUCUCCCUCGAGCUCUACACAGGAAGAGGAAACCGAUUCCCACCAUAAGAUGACGGGCGAGAAGCGGCCUUCCUCAGAGAUGAUGAAGCCCAAGACCAAACCGCAGAAGAAGAAGAAGAAAAAGGACCCCAACGAGCCGUCGAAACCCGUGUCGGCCUACGCCCUCUUCUUCAGGGACACCCAGGCGGCCAUCAAGAGCUCCAAUCCCAACGCCACCUUUGGGGACGUGUCCAAGAUCGUGGCCUCCAUGUGGGACAGCCUGGGAGAGGAGGCAAAACAGGGCUACAAGAGGAAAACAGAGGCGGCGAAGAAAGAGUACCUGAAAGCCCUGGCCACGUACCGAGCCACUCUGGUUACCAAGAACUACAAUGACCCUGUGGAGACGAAAAGUAUCCAGACGAACCAGCCUUCCUCCCACAUGAUGCCCCCCAAUCCACCCCUGUACAGCGUGCCACCCCAGCCCUCCUCCCCCUACAGUCUGGGGCCAGGGGGCUUCCCCCUGUCGGACAUGCAGGGCUACGCGGGGGCUACGCGUCACGCACUCUCCCGGACCCUCAGCCAGUCUCAGAUGCUGCCCAGCAUUAGUGCCUCUCCCCCUUCCUCCUUCCAGAUCAGCCCGCCCUUGCACCAACAGCUCUCCAUGCACCAGAACUCCCUCCUCAACCAACCAAUCCGCAUGCAGCACGGCCAGUCCCAGCCAAUCAUCUCCCACCAGAUGGGACUCCAGGCAUCCCUUCACUCACCUCCUCCUGGCCAGCAGGGAUUUUCCCACCUACAGUCAGAGUACCAUAAAAGUGUGGGUUCCCAGUCCCCAGGGGCCCCUAACCCUGGAGGGAGACAGAACCACGAGUGGGACAGUGAAUACUGCGAUCGGGAGUGUGGUGGCAACCACUGCAGUGGCAGCAUGAUAGCCAGGGACAAGCCACUCUACCUCACUUGAAACUGGAGGUCGCCGUCGACAAGAAAAGACACCAGGGAGUCAGCCCUCAACCUCCUAACAUUCCCUACCACCACCAACCCCCCAACACCCCAACCCCCCAACCCACUCCUACCACCACCAACCCCC